ACAUCAAUGGACAGAAUUGUAACGAAGAAAGGUGGCCUCUUUAAAGAUAAUUUGAACAUUCAGAAUCCAAUUCAAACUUUAUGAGAUCCAUUGACUGAAGUGAAGAGAUCUUAAUUUCCGAUAGAAUGGCUGACAAAAUGGCAACAGAAGAUCAGUUCAUCAGAGAAUUACACUGGUGUGUUGAACAACUACAUCUUGGAUUAGAAACACAAAACCCAGACUCCAAACAAGCUCGGGAGGCACAGAAGAUGCUCAAGAUUUUGUGUAGUGACAAGGCUCCAGUCAUCAAAAAGAGACAGGUCAUGAGGAAUGCUUUUGGAGAUUACAGACAGAAGAUGUUAAAUGCAGAAAAGAAAAGUGCAGCAAAAUUGAAGAAAUCGAAAAUGACACCUACGAUGGAAAGCAAUGGUCAGAAAUCUGUGUUCUACAGGAAAAGUGCCAGUAAACAGUACAACAACCAGUCAAGUGAUGGCACAUCUAUGUUGACCAAUCAACAGCUUGAAAAAAUAACACCUCAACCAUCAUCGAUGGGAGAUAACUCUCAGGAAAAGGGGGAUGACUCUGUCAAAAAUGAAGAAGAUGUGGUAUCUGAAAGACUUGAAAAGUUUACUUUUGUCAAAUCGGAUGGAGAUUUUAAGUUUAGUUUUCAAUCACCCACCAAAUCAUUUGAUGAUUUAGAUACAGAUAAUGUUGACAAAAACAGCUCAAUUUGCAACACAAUUGAAUCAUUAACAACAGAAAAUUUUGUAAUGCAGAAAACAGACAAUGCUUUCAGAUUUAAUUUCACAGAACCAACAUAAGUUUCACUUAUACUAUAUCCAUUUUUCCUCUGUCCAUGAAAGUUGGUUUUCGUGAAAGCUUCCAUCAUAAAAAAAUGUGUAUCUGUAUAGCUUAAGAAUGCUGGGUGAAUAAGAGAAACAGUAUAACAAUGCCAUAACCUCACUGACUUGAAAGAGUAAUAAACACAAAAUCAGCUGUAAA